CUGUUCGGCUCCCUUUCCCUUCCCUUCCCCCUCACCCUGUCCCGUCCCUCGCCGCUUCCUUCCUCCUGUCUUGCCAUGGAUGGUGUUGUUACAGAUCUUAUAGCAGUCGGUUUAAAGCGUGGAUCUGAUGAGCUUCUUCCUUCUGAUAUCACAUACGGGACUCUUACGAUGAGCAAUCCUACUCCUGCUACUGCUAAUGGGAAUGACAACAAGAAAUUUAAAGGAGACAGAUCUCCCUGCUCCCCUUCUCGAGUUCUUCAUCUUCGUAAAAUUCCAAAUGAUGUCACUGAAGCAGAAGUAAUUUCUCUAGGUGUACCUUUUGGCAAAGUAACUAAUCUCUUGAUGUUGAAAGGAAAAAGCCAGGCUUUUCUAGAAAUGGCUUCAGAAGAAGCUGCUGUUACUAUGGUGAACUACUACACUCCUGUUACUCCUCACCUUCGCAGUCAGCCUGUUUAUAUUCAGUAUUCCAAUCAUAGAGAACUUAAAACUGACAAUCUACCCAACCAUGCUAGAACUCAAGCUGCAUUGCAAGCAGUGAAUGCUGUGCAGUCUGGAGGCAUGGCCCUCACAGGUGCUCCAGUUACUGAGAGUGGGCUGCCUCCUGGUCAGAGUUCGGUUCUUCGAAUUAUUGUGGAAAAUCUCUUCUAUCCUGUUACUCUAGAAGUGCUAUAUCAGAUCUUCUCCAAGUUUGGAACAGUUCUGAAGAUCAUAACUUUUACAAAGAAUAAUCAAUUUCAGGCCUUGCUUCAAUAUGCUGACCCUUUGAAUGCACAGUAUGCCAAAAUGGCUCUGGAUGGUCAGAAUAUCUAUAAUGCUUGCUGCACUCUUCGUAUUGAUUUCUCCAAGCUAACAAGCCUUAAUGUAAAAUAUAACAAUGAUAAGAGCAGAGACUUCACACGUCUGGACCUUCCUUCAGGGGAUGGGCAGCCUUCACUUGACCCUACUAUGGCUGCUGCUUUUGGCACUCCAAGUAUCAUCUCCUCACCAUAUGCAGGGGCAGCUGGCUUUGCUCCUGCCAUUGGCUUCCCCCAAGCUGGUUUAUCGAUCUCGGCUGUUCCUAGCGCACUUGGUCCUCUUGCAAUUUCCACCUCUGCAAUGACUGGGCGGAUGGCUCUCCCAGGAGUUACAGGAUUGCCUGGAAAUUCUGUGUUACUUGUUAGCAAUCUCAAUCCUGAUGCAAUCACACCAGAUGGGCUUUUUAUCUUGUUUGGUGUUUAUGGUGAUGUCCACCGUGUAAAAAUCAUGUUUAAUAAGAAGGAAAAUGCCUUAGUUCAAAUGGCAGAUGCAACUCAAGCCCAACUAGCCAUGAAUCAUUUAAAUGGACAAAAACUAUAUGGGAAAGCGCUCCGUAUUACACUCUCAAAGCAUCAAACAGUACAGCUCCCUCGUGAGGGUCAAGAGGACCAGGGUCUAACCAAGGACUAUGGCAAUAGCCCUUUGCAUCGCUUUAAGAAGCCUGGCUCCAAAAACUUCCAAAAUAUCUUCCCUCCAUCUGCUACUCUUCACCUCUCCAACAUUCCGCCUUCUAUCACAGUUGACGACCUGAAGAACCUUUUUGCUGGUACUGGGUGUAUUGUGAAAGCCUUCAAAUUCUUUCCAAAAGACCGCAAAAUGGCUCUUAUCCAAUUGGGCACUAUGGAAGAAGCAAUCCAAGCCCUUACUGAGCUUCAUAAUCAUGAUCUUGGAGAAAAUCAUCACCUCAGAGUUUCCUUUUCUAAAUCUACAAUCUGAAUCUGAUGGAUUGAGGACCUUUUGGAGUUCAACGCGUGUGCCCAUAGUUCCCGUAAAAUUUUCAGGCAGAGAUUGUAAUAGGCCAAACAAACGCUGCAUCCUUGAACAAUGAAACUUGUGUGGUUCAUGUGUAAUUCUAGACAUUGUAACAAAUCAUGGGUUUAUCUUUUGCUGUAAUGGCAAAUAGUCCUCCACAAAAAUUUUCUGUUAAUAAUCUACCUUCUUUAAUAGAACCCAUCUUUUCUUUUUCUUUUUGGUGAUUUCAGGAACAUAGUCAAGCUUUUAUUCCCAGACAAUAUUUAUGUUCCUUGUCAAACUGUGUGAGUGAUGGAAUGUUUUAAAAAUAACUUUGGCAAAUUAUACAUCAGUUACAUUCAAAAUAUUUUUGGUGGGAAUAGAUUUUUUUUUACCAAUUAAUGUUUUAAUCAUUCUGUAUUGAAAAUAUUGGAGGAAAGGCCGUGCCUUAUUUCUCCUUGGAGUAAUAUAAUGAUAUCCAAUUAAUUCUGUAACCCACACAGGUAAAUUGUCCUAAGGUGACCAUGUUGACAGUUCUAAUAGGCAUUACAUCAGAGUGUGAGAGAUAAUUGUUGUUACUAUGGAUGAAGUGUAAUAAGAUAUUGGAGAAAAUGAAAGAAGAAAAAUGUCCUGAUUUCAAGUUUUGUACAUUUCUUUCAGAAAAAUAAUUGUUUACACUCCUAAGGAAAAAAAAAAUCAGGUCUGUCAUAUGGUUUGACAAAUUUUUAGAAAGAUUAUUUUUUGGUAAGGUCUUGUUUAAACAUAUAAAAUUAAACCUCAAGGGUUUUUUGUACCACUAUAAUCUCUAAUACUUAAAUCAAAAUUACUGUGUAUUUACUUAAUUUCUUAUGUGCCUUAUUAUGUGCUUAUAAUGAUAUAAUAGUUUAGAGUUUUAUCUGAAGUAUCUUUAACUGUAUUGUGGCUUUGUGAAAUUUUUUCCCUUUGUCUUAGUUUUUAAACAUUUGGUGAUUUUAAAUAUGUUUUUAAUAAGUAAUAGUUAAAUCAGAUUUUGGUGCUUUGGUAUAGGGAUGGGUAGGUUGGGAAUGAAGAUAAUAACUCAGAGCUCCUGCUUCUAGGCCUCUUCACAAUAUUUUAGGGGUUGCAGUUGAGUGAUGCCCUUGUUGGGCUUUAGAGAAUGUUCUCAGUUUCUGGUUGAUAUCUAACAGUUGAGUUAUUGACUCUGAGAAUAUUUUGCCUCAGGAUUCUUUUCACCCAACAGUAAUGGGCUUGUUGUGCUCGGUGCAGAUGGGCUUGCAUUCACAAAUGUCAAAACUUCAGGACUGAAUGUUCACUCCUUUUUGGAGAGAAAGAUGCAAUCUUAACUAUUUUUUUGUGAAAUAUAGGUAUACUCAAGUUAUUUCUAUGAUUGUAAUACAAUGUUUUUAGAGGGGUCUCAAGAUGUUACGUCUACUGAAAAAAAAAUGCAUUGUUUUAUAAAAUAUUCCUCUCGUCAAUAAGGAUGGUAAAUCCUUUACAUUGAUUUGAAAAUGGAGACAAAGAUUUAGAAAAAAAAUGGAACGUAAAUAAUAUGACGUGUGCUCGUUGUCUUUGGAACAUUUAGUAGGUCAGGUCUUCUGUGAAUACCAGCUUUUGCUUGGCAAAAAGAAUUUCACAGCUUUAGAUCAAUCUCUAAACUCCUUUAAAAUGACAAAAUUAUAAGUUACCUUUGAAAUGCAAGUUUCUUACUAACAUUGCUGUAGCAUGAAAGGAUACGCAGUGAGACACUGGCUGCCUUAAAUUUAUAUAGUUGUGCGUGGAAGAUACGGUAGUUUGUUGAUAAUCACAAUUUGGACACUUGAUUAGCAUGUGUUUGUUUUGUUUUGUCAACAUGUAUGUUUCUUCAUGUAAAGCUACAUUAGUGUCCAGUAAGAUCUGAUCCCAUUUUAGCUAUGACUUGCAGCUCUUUGAAAAUAAUAAGUCUAUUAAAACAAGCCAACUGUAGAGUAGCAACAUAUUUUCUUAGUUUAGCAAAGUGAUUAAAAUGAGUGCCUGAUUCUAUUAUGGCACAGGAGCCUUAGUGUUUCCCUUUCAUUCUAUCUAUUUUAGUGGACCAUGGCUCAAAAUAAGUAUAUUCAGGAUAACAGCCCCUUAAGCCAUUAAAUAGCUUCUUGGAUUAGAGAACCAAUAAAUUUGCCUUGUAUUGUAACUUGCUAAAUUACUUUUAGGCUUGGUCACCAUGUGUUUAAUGCUGCUACAGAGGGGGAUGUAGUUGGACUUGAUGAAUGUAACUGAAGCAGGAAAAAAUGAGACUGAGCAUUAACAUGUAUAAUAUCAAGAGUGUUGUGUGUGAGUGUGUGCGUGCGCAUGUGUAUUAUGUGAAAUACCUUAUGUUUUAUGCUGAUAAACAUUGCAAGCAUUUAAUUUAUUGAUUUUACUAAUCUUAAAAAACAAUUUUGUAGAGUUAAGAGAAAUAAAUGGUCAAUUUAAGAUUUUAAAAAAUACCAUAGUUCCUAUAAAAUUUCCUACUUCCAGUCUUGAGUUUUUAGACCUACAAUUAUAGUUACAUGCUGGCAAAUGUUUUGGAUUUUAUUUUGGAUAUAUUCUUUUAGUGAGAUCUCAUAAUUACAUUAUAUUCUGUAUAAAUCAUGGUUGUAGUGUAUGUGUGUUUAACAUUUUGAGUUUGAUUUUACUUGGCAAGCUUGUUUUUUCCAUGAGUUGCAAAUAUAAAAAAUGGCAGUACAAAUUUUGCGUUUAAAACAGGAAUUCCAUUUAUAGCAAUAGUUAGCUUAAUUUUCUCCUUCCAUGGAAUGUUUUAGAAGGCAACCUCUUGAAUAUGGAUUAAGAUAAAAACAGAUACUAUCAUUUUCUUGUCCUUUUAUUCCUUUGCUGCAGAACAUUAGCAACAAAUAAUGUUACCAUAGAAUAGCAAGUGACUUAAUUAAGGAUAUGGUUAUUGGGUAACAUAAUUUUUUGCAGAUAUUGCCUUAUCAAGGACCCUAGUAUAGGAAAUUAUUUGACCAUUCUCAUCACUUUUUGUUCCUUUAUUUGUAUCCUUUACUUUCUGUUCAGCUAUAAAGCUCUGUGGACCUUGCAGUUCCUUUGGAAGUGCAGUUGAAGUAACAAUCUUCCUUGUCAGGCAUUUUUGUGAUCUCUAGUAUUUGGGUUGAGGAAUUGAAGGUAAUUGGUUUUUAAUCAAUGUAUAGAGCAUAUUUAUACAUAACAGCAGUAGCAAAGGUGCUCUUUUAGUAAACUGAUUAGCGCCUUUUAUGAAGAGGGAUUUGCAGUUCCAUAGAUAAACAUUUGUGAUGAAAUGCUUUCGAAAUUAGGAAUUGUGGCACAUUCCUCAUCUGAUAGCAAUGCAUCAGAGCUAAAAUGCCUUCAGAAACAACCAGGUUCAAACCUCAGAUCUGUGGAGGGGCUAAUUUGAAAUAGUAUUGGCUCAAGUUUUCAGUCAAGUAACUACCCACAGUCCUUAGGAUUUUUAUUCCUAGAGGUAAAGCCAUAAUAGUUUAACAAUAAAAUGCAAACUGGCUAUAUUUGACUAUAAAUGAGGAAAAAAGUAGACUGUAUUUUGUUUCAAAAUUGGCUCGGGAAGGAUAACUGCAGUAUGUAUGCUGGCAGAGGUGCAAUCUCUUACAGUCUCUUCAUACCAUGCAUUCUGUCUUUAAUAACAAUUGGUAUAUAUAGGUGCCCAAUUUUUAAUAUGGUUUAAUUUAAGUAUUGUGCCACAAUUUUUGUUUCUAUCCGACAUAUUAGCAGGUUUCUGAAUGUCAAAGCAACAUUAAUUUGAAGCCUUGCCCUAACUUGGUUGCCUUUCCCGUUUCUCACCUUUUGUAUUCUUAACUGUGCUUGUAGGCUCUGUGUGCCUAAAUUUUCAAAAGUAGCCUUGAGUUGUCUGUGUAGCACCUCUUCUUCCAGACUGAAAGGCUCCACUUGCAAUGGAUACUUACUCUAAAGUUUAGCAUGUGGGGGGGCAUUUUGUGAGCCAAAUCCAUUGCUGCCUAUUUAAGUAUGUCUGAUGAAGACUAUGGUGGUACUUCUGGGAAUAGCAAAUCUGAGCUGUGCUGUUCCAGUCUUCAUCCUGACACACACACACACACACACACACACACACACACACACACACACACACUGCUAUUUUCAAAGGAGCAGACCUGAGUAGAUAACUGUAUUAAAGCCAUUUUGUUUGCCUUGACACUUUUAUGGACUGGUAACUUAAAUUACAACUGCCAGAUUUGAAUUGUGCUGAAAACUGUUGAAGUUUGCACACACAUGUUUUUGAAGCAAACAAACUCCUAAUUGUCUCUGCAAAAAUCUGUAUGUAGUAUAUGAAACUGUUCUUAAUUUUUAAAGCAAAUCUUAACAAUUAGGAAUUAUUUUUUAAAAACGAAAGCGUCGUAAAUCUUAAUUUCAGGGUUUUACAAAGAAGAAAACAAAAUGGGACCAAAGUUUAUGUGCCUUCAGUAGAUUUCUGUAUUAUUAUUUUGUUUUGGCUAAAUCUUUCAAUCUAUAAAAUCAGUACUCUUGUGUUCAAGGAAAUGUGUAUUUAUAUAGACUAAAAUACCAAAUGACCCAUGAACACAUAAUGUCCUUAUGUGCAGUUGAUUACUUACUGUUUCAGUCAGUUUAUAGCUCUUUUGCUGUCUACCAUUGUAACAUGAAUCAUGCUGUACCAUACAGGAGUUCAAGACAUCUGGCUUUACGGUUCUCACAGUAAGUUUUAACCGGGAAAAUAAUAAAUUAGUGAGGAAGAUACAUAUUUCCUCUUUUAUAAGUGAGCUCUUGUAGAAAUUCCCAUUCUUGGAUUAAUGUGCAUCAUUAGUGAGGAUAGGAGGAAAACACCCAAACUUUUAAUUCAUCUCUUUAAAUGUGUUAUUUUUUUCUUCUCCAAUUCGUUUUCCAGUUUCUGGACAAACAAGCCUACCACUUUCUCAACAUAUGGUUGCUGACCAAACAAAAUGUUGCAUUAUUAGAUUGUCACCUCAUUUGCAAUGACCAAAGAUUGCUUGCUCUGGUUUUACUGAAACAUCUUGCCAGUUCUGUCCUUGAGGUAUUUUUCUUGAAAGACUCCAUGUAAAGUGGCCUUUUAUGCUAUUGGUGGUGGUGAACAGACUAAUUAAUGAAACGAGACAAGAUUUUCUAAAAAUGUGAACCAAAUAAAAUGGUUUAAGGGAAGGGGGUGAGUGGAUAUUUAAUACUGUAUUCAGACAAAUAAAGGCACACAUUUACGGGAGCCAGACAUUCCCUAAUUUUUCAUGUGUUCACAAAUCCCUUUUUAAGUUUGUAAAAAUAUUCAUCUAACACAAGAAAAUGCUGUAAAUAUUUGUAACAACAUUUUUUUACCUGGCAAAAAAAAAAAGGUUUUUGGGAACAAGUAUAAAAUGGUUUUUAUAUUAUUAAUAAAAAGAACAUCAAUUGUCUUGUAUAUUUUGAUAAGCAACAGUACCAGCUUUGUUUGUUAAGCAGCUUGUGGCAUUGGAAGGGAGAAAGGAUUCCGUGUUGUUGAGAUGACUUGAUGUUAUAAAUGCAAAGAAGUUGAAAUAUUAAAGAAACCUAUUUUCUAA